CUCGAGGCCCAUCUAAAUAUGUAGAGAUCUCAGAUCUGUGCCUCUUCGUUUCUCCGCAAGUCCCAUCGAUCCCAACACACCCAUCUAAAUAUCCCGAACGCCGCAAAACCCUAAACCCAACGCCGCCAUGGCGGAAGUCGAACCUGACCUCGAGGCCGGCGUGGCCACCGCAUCAGCGAAGGCGGCUGUAAAACCCGAGGCCGAUCCCAAGCCCGCAGCGACCGCCGCUGUGACGCCGCCGCCGCAGAAUGUGGAGGAGGGGACCCCGCGCCAGCAGUGGGCGUUCGUGCGGAACGUGUACGCCGUCAUCUUACUGCAGUACUGGCUCGCGGGGGGCAUCGUCGCCAUCACCUACUUCGUGCCCGCCGUCCCGCGCUUCUUCAAGUCCCCCCACGUCGCCGUCUAUUUCGCCAUCGUCGCCAUCGUCGCCCCCUUCGUCGCGUUAUGGCCGAUGCUCAAGUACAGGGAGAAGCACCCGGUGAAUCUGCUGUUGCUUGGCCUCGUCACGCUCUGCUUCAGCCUCAGCAUCGGCAUCAUGACCUCCAUCUUCACCAAAUUCGGUACCAUGGUUUUGCAAUCUAUGAUUCUUACAGAAGUUGCUAUGAUUAACCUCAUCAUCUACACAUUCUGGGCAGCCAUAAGAAACUACAAAGUCACCUUCCUGUUCCCCUUCCUGAUCAACCAUCUCCUCAUAUUUGUGAUCUACCUGACCAUUCAGGUCAAUUGUCCUCUGGGAAGCGCCAAUAUGACCAUAUUGGGUUGCUUGGUCACCAUGUUGUUCGUUGCGUUCAUCGUCCAUGACAUAGAAUUGCUGAUCAAGCGUCACAAAUACAAGGAGGACAUCUUUGCUGCAAUAUCACUAUACUUGGACCUCAUCAACCUGGCCAUUUCUUUUCUGUUAUCACCCACUAAAUGAUUGUUCAUCGAAUAGUUGUACAAAUGUAGCAAAUGGUUUUACAUAGUAUUACUAUUAUAUCCCCAAGAUAUAUCGGCCAAGAUGGAACUGCAUAGGGCAGUCCUAUUUGGUGGGCAACUGCAUCUGACUUUAGUGGAGAUUAUAAACACUAGUUGGUCGUUUGUUAUGUCAGAUGCUCAAGUAGUUAAUGUGGUCUCUUGUACGUUGCCAGUCAACUUAUGGGGUUUAUCCACACUGUUGUUUCUAUAUUUCAUACAGCUCUGGUGCUGAUCACCUGA